AUGGUUUUUUCAACUAAGCGUUUGAAGACGUGGGCACUGAAGUCCUCGCAGAUUGUAACCAGCUCGGCAGCAGGAUCUUCUAUUCACGUUCUACCUUGUGAAAUGGCAGACCCAAACCCAUGGGACGAGUUGCCAUCUUCAUCCGGGAAAUUAACUAAACCUCAAAUGUCCAGAUCGCAAACAGUAAUGGCUUCACGACUGAAAGCAAACAUUUUAACUGGUGGACUUGGCUCUCAUCUGCCGGAUAAAAUAUGUCCCAAGUCGAGGCUUCCGAAAUUUGGAACUGCGUUAUUCUCUAGGCAUCGUUCUGUUUUCUCUCCCCUCUGUUAUGUCAACCGUGAAUUAACCACUUACAAGGAAAACAUCGCUCCAUCUUCUUUAGUUGUGGAGCCAAGUCUUGAGUCGAAGGAAAAUCCCCUUAUUCUCUCUUUAACCAAUCACAUUUCAAACCCGUCUUUUGCCGAAAGAAAGUGCAGAACUUCCAACGCAGUGGAUGUUGAUGGAAAAUUCCCAGUCGACGUGUCGGAAAGCACUCGUCUUUAUAGCGAAAGUAAUUCCUUCAAGGUUGAGAAAAUGAGAGAGGUGGUUAAGAAAACGGGGUCCUUUAUGUCAGCCGAAUUUCGAGAUCUGAGUGAAGCCACUCAGACAGUUGCGGAUGCUCUUUCUUCAGAUGACGCAACGGUACAAUCAAACAAAUGCUUGCGAUCCAUUGAGAUUCCGACAUCACCACUUCCUGUUGCGUCGGUGAUGACAGAUAAACCCUCCGCAUCUGCGACCUGUCCUAUCACCACCAGCGUUGGCGCCGUUGCAGCAAGAACCUUUCGUGCCGUUUCACCUGGCAACUAUGUGAAACUCAAUCUACGCAAGAAGUCUUUCAGUCGAGGUGGGACACGGAGACAAGCGCUUAGCAGAUUGCAAAUACGAAGAGCGAAAUUUGCCAAGAAAUUCGGCACCAAGGGCUGCAGAGCCGGGAAAUUCUUUCGAUGCAAUCCAGAGGGUCAUUGGGGUGUCAAGUACUCGAAAAAUUUCCCUGAGUCCCGAGUUCACCCAAAUGAUAAAGGGACUGAGGAAAUGGGGCCAGAUCACGCCCAAGUUGAGUGUCGAAUCGCUGAUUUGGUUAAACUGCGUAGUCAGUUUCCCGAAGGACCUCGGUUGUGUGAGCUCUUAAAUAUUGGCCGGGAAGCACCAGGAACGCAAUUCUCCAUGCAAAAAGGUGCAAACUUUGAUCUCAUGGAGGUGCGGACCUACAUGAAUGAGCUGAUGCAUAAAUUGAGAAUUAGAUCACUUAGACCCAGUCAGGAGCGUGCAAUUUGGCGUACGCUUGCUGGCAAAUCAACGCUUCUUGUUCUGCCAACAGGAGGUGGAAAAUCGCUGUGUUACCAAAUACCGGCAGCAAUCUUUCAAGUACAUGGGACGUACUCUAGGGGUCAUUACGCUUAUGUUCUGAUGUCACCAGAAGCUCUGGUAGAAUCUGAUUGGAUUCUUCGCCAGAAUCGUCUUCCACCCAUAAGUUUUGUCUGCAUCGAUGAGGCUCAUUGCUUGGCGGAUUGGUCACACCAUUUUCGACCAGCCUACCUGCAGAUAUGCAACCUUUUCAGGAGUCGUCUUGGAGUGAAUCACUUUCUCGGUCUUUCUGCCACCUGCACACCUUCAACCAUCAAGAACAUUUGCCAAAACUUGGGCAUGGGUGACGCAGUUAAGCUGAAUACAGAGUGUGAUGCUAAAAAUCCUCUAAAUCCCUCUGAUCCCGAUGGCGGUUAUCUUCAACCCUUUCCCAACCCGAUUCCCACCAACUUACUUGUUACGGCCUCGAUGGACCAUAAUAGGGAUGAGGCGCUAAUUAGAAUUCUUCAGAGACCACCGUUUUCUGAGCAGCCUUCCAUUUUAAUUUACGCUGCAAGCCGAGAUCUCACCGAACGCUUAGCAGGAUACAUCCGAACACGUCUGCAGGAAGUGAAAGAGAAGAUUGGUCGACGCACAGUAGGUUGGAAUACUGCAGUUUACCAUGCGGGUCUGUCGCCAAAGGAGCGAGUGCGGGUGCAGAAGCGCUUCAUGGACGGUCGAAUUCGUGUCCUUGUAGCAACUUCAGCCUUCGGUAUGGGCUUGAAUAAACAAGAUCUUCAAGCAGUCAUACACUUUUCUCUACCCAAAUCUUUCGAGAAUUACAUUCAGGAGAUCGGUCGAGUGGGUCGUAACGGUCAGCAGUCCUUCUGUCACAUCUUCCUCGCGCCAGGCUUCUCCUCGAUGCGAACUCAAAACAACACCAUCACUGAUGAGAAAUCUGUGACACUUACUCCAGAGGAAGCGCGUGAAGCCAACGAACUGCGACGUCAUAUUUUUGCGAACCAUAUCGACUCGGUGCAGUUGAAGCGUGUGCUGGGUCUUGUCUUCGGGGAUGGAGACUCCACCGACAUCAAUGGGAGCUGCCGACCCGUGGUUGCUCUCGAUACCGAUCAAAUUGCCGAGCAGCUGGAUAUCAAAACUGAGAGUCUGACCACCCUAAUCACCUACAUGCAUCUCCGUUCUGAUGUUCCACCACUCAUCACUGUUCUGCCUCCGGGUCCUAUGGGGGUCACUGUCAGCUGCUAUGGCGGUCCGCUUGAGUUGGCUCAUGUUUCGACGCGCAGUCUUGCCGUUUCCGCGUGGCUGGGUCACCUUAAGUCGCGAGCUACCGCAGCCGUGGGUUUCACCACCACGAACCUUCGGGAGGUGAGUCUCGACUUGGUGACUCUGUGUAACGCUUGGGGUUGGCGCCCCGACGCGGUGCUGCGUGAGCUACGCGGUCUCGAGUGGGACAGCGGUGUAGCCCCCGGCGCCCCACCCCGACGCACUGGCGUAAGCGUCGCCCUCUCAGGCACGCCGCGCGCCUCUUGGCUGUGGGUUCACACUGAUAGCCAGCUAGCUGAGCGGCUAGACUCUGAGCUCGCUUACCUUCGGCGGCGGUUGCAGGAGGUUGAGCGUGCGGGCCUACGGAGUCUCGUUCAACUCCAGUCGGCCAUCGCCCUAGUGGCUGUCGAUUCCGUCGACGAAAUCGACUUCAAUCAAGACUACGUGCGCGCCAGGUCUGCGAGGUUUCAUGCGCGUGUGGAGGCUCAUUUCAGUGAGACGGUGGAGGAAAUCCCCUCCACCUGGCCACCCCCAAUUUCGGCGGAAAAGGAACAAUCGGUGCGAGUGACUGUGAGGGAGUUCAUGCACCUGUAUGGACAGAACCUGGGUCGGGGGCAGGUGACUGGUCGAGUGGUGGCUAACAUCUUCCACGGCAUAGGCUCGCCCAACUUCCCCGCCACCGCGUGGUCCCGCGUGCAUCGCUUCUGGCGCGCCUGCCUCGACGUCGAUUGGCCCACUCUGCAACGUAUCGCCACCAACGAGCUCAUCACUGCCCACUUCGCUUUCUCCUGA